AUGCCUCGAGCACCAGUUGUUGACCUCAGGAAUGGUCUUUCAUUUCCAAGCUAUCUCAACUGUCCACAUGAGUUUGAUCUGGACUCGCGAUACCUCCGCGAAGACCCCAAUGGAAUCUCCGCGAGCCACGUCCGCCAUUGGUGCUACUUCGGCGAGAUUGUAAACUUCGAUGUUUUUUCACGCCUCACCGUCGAUGUCCGCGACGCCGCCAGGACGGUGGUGCGUGCGGCAUUCUACGAUGACGACAGGGGCAUGCCGCUCGUCGAGGCUGGGACAGUCCGGCGAGGCUACACACUGGCCCACUUGUACCCGUUGCGGCACUCGUUCGUGGAUGGGUCUUACGGCUUUCGGAUGGAGGAGACAUCCGACAUCAAGAUCCUGCCGUAUUCUCUCAGGGAGAUCCUCGCAGCUAGUGACAGACUACAGCUGUCCAGGCUGUCCUGCUGGCAUGAAGGCUGCACCGAGGCCGAAGAAUUAAUGAAGUGCAAGGGGUGCGGAAGAGCUAAAUACUGUCGCAAGGCUCGGUUAGGAGCACCAAGUCGCAUCGUGGAAAGCAGGCCAUAG